AUGGCCCGGGCCGCAGCCCUCCGGCCGUUGAGAUUGUCGCCUCCGACGCUGCCGCUACUGCCGUUGCUGCUGCUCCUGCUCCGGGAAACCGGAGCCCAGGAUGUGCGAGUUCAGGUCGCCGCUGAGGUGCGGGGCAACCUAGGGGACACGGUAGAGCUGCCCUGCCACCUGCUGCCUUCAGCGCCUGAAAUCCGAGUGUCCCAGGUGACGUGGCUGCGCCUGGACGCUCCCGAAGGAGAACAGAACGUGGCCAUCUUCCACCCCCAGUAUGGUCGCAGCUUCCCCAGCCCGAAGCCCGGCAAGGAGCGGCUGUCCUUCGUCAAUACCGCGCCGAGCGCGGGGGCCGGGCAAGGCACGGAGCUGGAGGUGCGGGACGCCACGCUGUCCCUCCGGGGGCUGACGGUGGAGGACGAGGGCAACUACACUUGCGAGUUUGCCACCUUCCCCAAGGGCACCAGCCGGGGAGUCACCUGGCUCAGAGUCAUAGCCCAGCCCCAGAACCAUGCCGAGAAACAGGAGGUCACAUUCAAUCUGGAUCCUGUACCCGUGGCCCGCUGUGUCUCCGCAGGCGGCCGACCACCUGCCCGGGUCUCCUGGCUCUCACCCUUGGAUGGGGAGGCCAAAGAGACCCAGGGGUCGGGGCCCCUGCCUGGCACGGUCACCGUCACUAGCCGCUACACUGUGACACCCUUGAGCGAAGCAGACGGGGUCAAGGUCAUCUGUAAAGUGGAGCACGAGAGCUUCCAGGAGCCCAAACUGCUGCCAGUGACUCUCUCUGUGCGCUACCCCCCCCAGGUCACCAUAUCCGGCUAUGAUGACAACUGGUACAUUGGCCGUAGUGAGGCCACCCUGAACUGUAACGUCCGCAGCAAGCCAGAGCCCACGGGCUACGACUGGAGCACGACUUCCGGUGUCUUCCCAGCCUCAGCAGUGGCCCAGGGCCCCAAGCUGAUUGUCCACUCAGUGGAUCGGCUGUUCAACACCACCUUCAUCUGCACUGUCACCAAUGCCGUGGGCACUGGCCAAGCCGAGCAGGUGGUCCUCGUUCGAGAGACACCCAACACAGCCGGAGCAGGGGCCACAGGCGGCAUCAUUGGGGGCAUCAUCGCUGCCAUCAUCGCUACUGCUGUGGCCGCCACGGGCAUCCUGAUCUGCAGGCAGCAGCGGAAGGAGCAGAGGCUGAAAGGGGCAGAGGAGGAGGAGGAACUGGAGGGACCUCCCUCAUACAAGCCACCGACCCCAAAGGCAAAGCUGGAGGAACCAGAGAUGCCCUCCCAGCUCUUCACCCUGGGGGCCUCAGAGCACAGCCCACUCAAGACUCCCUACUUUGAUGCUGGUGUCUCAUGUGCCGAGCAGGAAAUGCCUCGAUACCAUGAGCUGCCCACCUUGGAAGAACGGUCAGGGCCCCUGAUCCUUGGGGCCACAAGCCUGGGGUCCCCCAUCAUGGUGCCUCCAGGGCCACCUGCUGUGGAGAGGGUUUCCCUGGAUCUAGAGGACGAGGAGGAGGAGGAAGACUAUCUGGACAAGAUCAACCCCAUCUACGAUGCCCUGUCCUACUCCAGCCCCUCUGAGUCCUACCAGGGCAAAGGCUUUGUCAUGUCCCGGGCCAUGUAUGUGUAA